GAGAACAGCGAAGCCCGCAUCCCAUUAAUCAUCACUACACUUCCGAUGUUUUAAACACUCGUAUUAUAAGACGUUUACGCCGUGAGUUGUGACUAGGUUUUCCGCAGUGCAUAUUAUCACUUAUUACUUUCUGCAAAAACUUUUAUUAGUUCUCUCCAAGUUUUUCGGCGCGCAACAUUAAACAGUUUUUGGAAAGGAUUAUUUUGGUGUUUUCAAGCAUCCCCCGACACUUCACCCACAAAAUGAUGUGGUGGGCAAUGUGGUGCGCCGCAGUGGUGGCCGGAGCCGCGGCCGCGCCCGCCGCCGACGCGCUAGCGCCUCUCGCCCUCGACCUGCCACAGAUCGAUGCCCUCACACCUGACGACGAGAGCAUGAGCUACGCGGGGCCAGCCGGCCGCUACGCUGCGUCUGCGCCACUCGUCUACCUACUGCCCGACAUGCCCCGCGACGCGCAGAGGGCGAUCGGCAGCGGUGAGCGGCGCUCGCGACCAAAGCGCAAGAUGCCGUCGCUGUCCAUCAACAACCCGAUGGAGGUGCUGCGGCAGCGGCUCAUGCUGGAAGUGGCCCGCAAGCAGAUGCGCGAGGCCAGCCAGCGGCAGGCCGUGGCCAACCGGCUCUUCCUACAGAACGUCGGCAAACGCGGAUUUUGGGCGAACUCUGGUCCGGCUUCCUACGACAACUAGAGCGGCUGGCGGCCGCGCUCCGCCCGGGAGCCCUUCGUCUACGAUUCCAGCUCUAUGAUAAGUACCCAUGUUACCUACUCUUCGCCGGCUGAUGGAUUUCAUUUAUCGUCAUUUCAAUUAUAUACUAUAUACGCAUAAAGCUAUUGCAGUUGCCGAUAUGUAAUAAAUAAGUAGUACAAUUGACAAGCAUAAUACAUUUACCGGGAUGUUAGGUUUCAGUUGAUGUUUAGUUCGUUUGUUGGGGCAUAGACGACGCGACCGCCCGGGCCGUGUCAUCCAGCUCGACACCCUUGCCCGUCGUCGCUGUCGCUGUCAAUCCUGGUCCUGACUCAUUAACUGCGCAUUAAUACGAUACCUGAAACCAUAUUCUACUUCUCAAAAUGCUUAGGUACAUUUAUUUUGCUUUAAUUUAUGAGUUUCAUAGUUAAUCGGGAUUCCUAUGAAUCGAAUUAAACAUAUGUCCAUAAUUAAUUAGAGGAAAUACAUUCGUAGGUAUAUUAGAUACGAGACCUGUUAGUUUAGUUCCAUAUGUUAUUUAUAAUAUUAUAAAUAAUAAUAUCACGACUGUACAGUCCAGCUGCUAUUUUGUGAAUAAUAAUUUGUUUAUAUUAAUAUUAAGUUCAUUAAAAUAUUAUACUACUUAUAUAUUGUUAGCUAAUGGAAAGUAGUAUUACAUUGUAACACUUCUUAAAAUGUCUAAUAUUACGUUCAGUAAAACGUUAAAUUAUU